UUCACAAUUCUUCUUUCAUUCGCGGAACGACAACGAAAUCAAUUUCACGUUCAUAAAUCUGUGUGUGAAAAAACGUUAAAAGCUUGUUAAUUUAUACACAAAAUUGGUGAAAAAUAUUUUAAAAAGCUAGUACAAUUGUUAUAUUUAACAUUUUCAAUGGAAAAAUAUACAAAGUUUUGAAAUUAUUGCGAAAAGAACGCAUUGAAAAAAUUGUGCGGUGUAAUUGGUGUGACUUCUCGCCGCUGAAGUCUUUCUAUCAGCACCACCACUAGGCAUUCGACGAGUAGAAUAGUAGCAGUCGCUGCAGCAGCGGAGCGAGAAAUUUUGGCAUUCGCGCCGUUUCUCGUUUUGUGCGACCGCGAGUGACCGCAUUUUUGUUCAUUUUGAUUUUGACUCAUUUUACAUUUUCGGGUAAAAAACUCCUGCUUGAACAUUGAAGAGCGCGUUUAAGAAAAUUAGUGAAUUUUGAAAAAAAAUAAAAUUGUAUAAUUGGCUUGAAAGUGAAAAUAAGCGAACUGUGCACAUUUUGGCACAAUUACCAACAUGGAUGCCGCCAGAUUGGAUAAAAUGAAGGUGGUAGACCUUCGAAAAGAGCUAGAAACUCGUGGUCUUGAUACUAAAGGUGUUAAAGCUGUAUUGGUGGAGCGGUUGCGAGCAUUUCUAGAAGGUGGAAGUGAUGGCUCAGGUGGCGCUCCGGGCACACCUGGUACUCCGGGGCGACGAAGUCGACGAACCCGUUCAAUGACUCGGUCGCCAUCUCCUUCCCCGGUAAAGGUUGCAGCAAUCGAACCUACAUUAGAAACCCUAGCUGAAGAGGAAGGAAAUGCUGACCCUGAAGAAGAAGAAGCUCUUGGCGAAGAAAAUGCAGGGGAUGCUGUCGUAGAACCAGCGGUUGGAAGUGAAGAAGAGGAUGAAGAAAAAGAAGAUGAGGAGGAGCAUAUGGAAGCUGAAUCCAAUCAACAGAUAGAAGAGAAUGGUGACGAACAGGAAGAGGACGUGGAAGAUGAAGAUCAAAGAGAGGAAUUAGAAAAUCAGCAAGAGGAAGAGGAAGAACCUAACAAAGAAGCUGUUGAGCGUCCGGAAAAAAAUGACGAAGAGAAAAUGGUAGUCGAUGAAAAUAAAAAUGAGAAGGGUGAAAUUGAAUCGAAGGAUUUAAAUGAGACUGUUGAAAGUAAAGCAGACUCAAGUAGACGUAAGCGCUCUCCUUCACGAUCACAUUCCAAAGAGCGUCAGGGUCGUUCUCAUUCCCGUUCGCGUUCACGGUCACGGUCGCAUUCACGCUCAAGAUCACGAUCGCGGUCACGCAGUCGUUCCCGUUCUAAAUCACGAUCUCGCACUCCAAAACGUCGCAGUGGCGCUGGUAGCCACAGUACGCCGUCAAAAGCAGAAGAGGCCACAAAUCCUGAAGAUGAGCCCACCAUCGAGGACAAGCAGUUUGGCUUGAGUUGGUUUGAUUCCGAUUUACACUUACGCAUCGAUCCAGUAACAUUCACAUCGGCGAAACCUAUGUCACAUGAAGUAUAUUCAUUGAUUUGGUCCGGAGCACGUACCAACUACGGGGUUCGCGAAGGCAAGGUAUGUUUUGAAGUGCGAUUGGCAGAGGAAACCCAAUUAGGGCGUUCACAUCAAUUCCGGGAUGAACCACAUGUGCGAGGUUUUCGUGUCGGAUUCUCUUUGCCAGACACAACUUUAUUGCUAGGUGAAGCAGAAAAUUCAUUUGCCUAUUGCGAGUCUGGCCGCAAAGCAACUAACUCAGAAUUUACUGAGUUUUCCAAACCAUAUCAGCUAGAUGAUGUAAUUGGCUGUUACUUGGAUUUAGAUAGCACCCCAUGCAACAUAAAGUACACGUUAAAUGGAGAAGAUCUCGGUGUGGCUUUUGAGUUUGAUAAGAAUAUUUUAGGUGAAAGUGGUGCUCUAUUCCCGCAUAUUGUAACAAAGGGCUAUGAGUACCAUGUAAAUUUCGCUGAUAAUGAGAAUUUACUAGCCAACGUGGAGCGUCCGAAACGUAUGCGGCGCAAACCAAAAAAAGAAAAACCUGUCGAACAAGAGAAAGAAAAGGAAGAAGAGAAGGAGGAAGAUAAAGAAAAAGAGGAAAAACCUAAGGAUGAAAAUAGUAAGGUGAUUGAAGAAGGUGCUGAAUUGGUUGAUGAAGAAAACGAAGUUUCGAACGCGAAGACUACUGAAGAUGAUGAUGUGGAAAUGAAAGAAACCGAGGAUGGCAAAGAAAUAUCGCAUAGUGAGGAGAAGAGCAGCGAUAACGCGGAAGAACCUAAACCUACCGAUGAACAACAAGAAUCUAAAUCUGAAGAAAAAGUCGAAGAAAACGGUGUCGCCGCUGCAAAAGCAGAUGAAGAAAAGCCUAUUGAGGCAACAGACAUCGUUAAAGAGAGCAAGAAAAAAGAUGGCGAAGAAGGGGAAGAAGGACCCACGCCGAGCAAACGCAAAAGACUUGAUGAUGGGAAAGAUAAGCGUCGUGACUCCUCCGAAGAUGAUGAGUAUGAGGAAGUCAUUCCAGAACCACGUGAUCCCGUCUCAUUGUUGCCCGACUAUGAACUUAUCGCGUUAAUACCAGAAGAAAAAUAUGUACCUGGUCCACAACGACCGAACAGUCGAAAGGAAUGUGAAGUUAUUCUUUUGGUUGGUCUACCCGGAGCAGGCAAAACUCACUGGGCAUUGCAACAUGUUAAGGAUAAUUUGGAGAAACGAUAUCAUGUAAUUGGUGCAGAUGCAUUAAUUGCAAAAAUGACUAUUGACGGUGAACCUCGUAAAUCCGUGCAUAAGGGUCGUUGGGAACGUGUUUACGAGUUAUGCUUGAAUAAUUUGUCUCAACUAGAGGAAAUUGCAACGAAGCGACGUCGCAAUUUCAUACUUGAUCAGACAAAUGCUUAUGCAUCCGCACAACGGCGCAAAAUGAAAGGUUUCGGCGACUUCAAACGCAUUGCAGUUGUUUGUAUACCAGGUGAAGAUGAAUUGAAAAGGCGCAACACUGAGAAAACUGAAAAGGGCAAUGCUAAUACAAUUAGAGAAUCAACAUUAAAUAAUUUACGAGCCAACUUUACUCUGCCCUCAACUGAUCUGGAUUGGUUCGACGAGGUAAUCUACACUGACCUCAGUGGCGAUGAGGCUAAGGCCGAGGUGAAGCGUUACAACGAGAAGGGUAAGAAGGCGUUAGAUGAAAGCCAGCCGAAUAAGCGUAAUCGACGUGAUCACUAUCAGCGCGGCGAUGAUCGUCGGCAUCGUGAUGGUGGUGGCGGCGGCGGUGGCGGUGGACGACGUGAUUUUCGUCGUUGGAAUGAUCGCCGCGGCGGCGGUGGUGGUGGCCACUCAGGUGGUGGCGGAAAUCGCUGGGGCGGUGGUGGUGGUGGCGGUGGCGGUGGCUACCGUGCUGGUUGGCGUGAUGACCGUGCCUAUGGUAGCGGUGGCGGCGGUGGUAGUGGUGGUCGUGGCUAUGACAAUCGCAACAACCGAUAUAGCAAUGGUCCACAAAAUUGGGUCCAAAACAAUCGCGGUGGUAAUCGCUAUGAUGAUCGCUACAAUCGCUCAGGCGGCGGUGGAGGUGGUGGCCGCUACGACUCGGGUGGCGGCGGUGGACGCUACAGUUCGUAUGGUGGUGGUAGCAGUGGAGGUGGCGGCGGCGCCGGUCGUGACUAUCGUGAUCGAGAUCACCGCGAACGCAAUGCAGGUGGUGGCGGUGGCGGCGGCGGUGGUCGACGUGACAACUAUCGCUCGGGUGGUGAUAGCCAGCGGGAUUUUCGGCCUGGCCACCGCGACAAUCGUACAGAAGAUAGUCGCGGUGGCUAUGAGCGCUCGGGUGCGGCUGGAGGCGCGGCAACAAAGUACGGCAGUAAUACCAACAAUGUCGGCAGUAAUAGCAGUGCCCAUGGCCAUGGUGGCAGUUAUCAUACGCAGGGGCAUGGACACCACGGUCAGUACAAUAGUAGCAAAUCAGCGACAACGGGGACGGGAAGUAAUAAGGGUUCAUCACAAAGUGGCGGUAAAUGGACCUCUUAUGGGCAGCAACAGUCACAGCAACAACACCACCAGCAGCAACAUCAGAUGGCCAGUGGGGGGAAUUGGCAACAACAAGCGUCACACCAUCAACAGUACCAACAGCAGCAGCAACAACCCGCCGCCGCGCAGCAACAGUACUGGGGUUACGGGGACAUGCAAGGCUAUGGCAACGCUCAACAACAACAGCAGUGGGCAAAUGCUGAUCCUAACCAACAGCAGGAGUGGCUAGCUUGGUGGCAGCAAAAUCAGCAGCAACCACAAGCAGCGGCAGGUGCUGGCAGUACCAGUGAUGCGAACCAAUACUGGUCGCAAUACUCCUAUCAGACAGCGCCAACGGGCAAUGGAAGUAGUGGUGGUGGUGGCGGUGGCAGUGAGGCUGCUUCGAAAAAGUGAACAACUUUUCAAUAUACGCAGUGACAUAGUACAAUUUGAAUAUACAGAAAAACAAGUUAAAUGAGAUAACACAUUUUAUUAAAGUACACAUGGCUACAACAAUGAAACCCCGUUAUACAAUCACAUUAUUCACAAGCGCAUACACAUGCACACAUACAAAAUGUAUGAGCGUUGAAUAUAACGCUGCGACACUUUAAAACAAAUGUAUAAAAAGAAGAUACAGUACUAAUUUGAAGGAUUGAUUAUAAGCUGGCACAUGACAAACAUCCAAUCAUACAAAUUUGCGGAUACAUUUUUAUUACUUACUGCACUAAGCCGCAAGAGACUUCUUUACACGAAACUCUUAACCAGCCAUAAAAAAGUCAUACAUUCUAAACAUGAAAAAAUGCAUUCAAUAGAAAAAUAUAUACAAAUGUGUGUAUAUCCCUCCGCCUAACUACUUACUACGACAACAUUUAAUGCACCACCAACUUCCCGGAAUUUUUUUGUAUACUUAAGGUUAAGCAAAUUAGCAUGUAGAAAGUAUGAGUAACAUCAUGUUUUAGUUGCUUUCUUUUAUAUAAUUACUGCUAUUACAACUAUUACUUCUUCUUUCUUUAAUUAUUGUAUGGUUUUGUUCAUUUUUGUCGUGUUUCUUUUUUUUUUUUACUUAAAAAGAAAAGUUUUGUUUUUCCAUUUUUUUAAGAAUCUUGAACGUUUUCUCUGUGAAAUAUGAUAGCGUUCAUAUUUGCCUUUAAUUGCUUUUUGUUACAUAAUACAAACAACUUGUUGUACUGAACAGUUGUACUAAUUGUAUUCUAUUUUUUAAAUAAUUAUUUCAA